GCAAUCGGCAAUCAAUGAUGACACAAAUGUGUACAAAAAUGGCGAAACUUGUGCAUGUUUAAUAAUUGACGUCUCUUGUAUUUUUGACAGUUAUCUAAUACAUACCAACAGUGAACGCCUACGCUAUUUAUUUAAUUUUAUGUAUGUCGAAACAUCUUAUAAAUAUUUUAAUUCAUUAGUGAGAUCAUUCUGAGGUUAUAAAGAAUCAAGACUCGUGUUACCUUUUUUGUUAAACAGCAUAACAUGGUUUAAGCACGCUCAAUACGGUCUUUACAAGAUUUGUCAGAAACAAUCAUUUAAAUAAUUGCCGAUUAUCGUCUUACGUAUUUACACUAAUUACUUUAUGUUAAAAGUGUAUUUUAAACGUUUCUAAAACGUCAAUCUGUAUUUCUAAGAAGCGACAAUGGGAAAUAGACUAUUAUUGUGCAGACGUAACAUUUAUUUUAUUUAUUAAAAUUAAAAAGAACGUGCUAGUGUGAUGUAGAUAAUUGAACAAUUGUGACAUUAAGUUUCUAAGGAAUAUAAAAGAUGAAUUAUAAUAUUUUCUAAAUAAUAAGAUUGAGUAAAACUUUAUACUAGUGAUAUAACAAUGUGGUUACUUUUAAUUGUAUAAAAUGACAACAACUAUGGAUAGUAAUAAUUCUUCAAAAGUGGAAUAUCCCAUCCACAAAUGUAUUUUUCAAGGAGACAUUAAGUCAUUAAGUUCAUUAUUAAGAACUCAUGACAUUGCUGAAAAAGAUAAACAUGGAAAUACACCAUUACAUUUAGCUGUAAUGCUAGGAAGAAAGGAGUGUGUUCAACUUCUUUUAUCUCAUGGGGCACCAGUGAAAGUAAAAAAUUUAGCAGGAUGGAGUCCUUUAGCAGAGGCGGUAAGUUAUGGUGAUAGACAAACGAUAUCAUCUUUGGUGAGGAAAUUAAAACAACAAACAAGAGAACAACUGGAAGAAAGGCGGCCAAAUUUAGUAGCUGCUUUACGUGAAAUGGGUGAUUUUUAUAUGGAACUUAAAUGGGAUUUUCAAAGUUGGGUACCAUUAGUGUCGAGAAUACUUCCAUCAGAUAUUUGUAGAAUAUAUAAACGUGGAGCGUCGAUUAGAAUGGAUACAACACUUGUUGAUUUUAAUGAUAUGAGGUGGGAGCGUGGUGACAUAUCUUUCAUAUUCAAUGGUGAUCAUAAGCCUAACAUAUCGCUCACAGUUCUUGACAAUAAAUCAAAAGUCUUUCAAAGAAUUAGAUACGUGGAGACUGAGAAUGAAAUCGAAGAUGAAGUUGAUAUACUGAUGUCUAGCGAUAUCAUAGCAGCACAAAUGUCAACAAAGGGUAUCACAUUUUCAAGAGCUCGAACUGGAUGGAUAUUUAGAGAAGAUAAGCGAGAAAUGGUCGGCUCCUUUCAAGCAGAUAUUUAUCAAAUUAAUGGUAUGAUAUUGGAAAGUAGAAAGAGACGAGAACACUUGAGUGAAGAAGAUUUGCAAAAAAAUAAAGCUAUUAUGGAUACAUUAACUAAAGGAAGCUCUCAAGGUUUUGCCAAUGGAGAGCCUCCUGUAAGACGAGCUUCUUUAAAUCCUCCUCCUGAUACAAAUAUAUCGUGGGAAACAUAUCUUGCCGCUCCUCCAGGCGAAUAUCCUCUUUUAGGUAGAAGUUUGGUGUACAAAGAGAGCAGUAAAUCAUUUAAAGCAAUUGUUGCUAUGAGUCCAGAUUUUCCAAUGACUGUCGAUAUGCUCUUGAAUGUUUUGGAAGUUAUUGCUCCUUUCAAACAUUACAAUAAACUUCGUCAAUUUGUGAAAAUGAAGUUACCUCCAGGAUUUCCUGUGAAGAUUGAUAUUCCGAUCUUGCCAACUGUUACCGCAAAAAUAACAUUUCAAGAGUUUGCGUUUAGAAAAGAUAUUGAUCCAUUGACAUUUGAAGUACCAAUGUAUUACUUUGAAGAUCCUAUGAGCUACUACGGGGCGUAUAUGACAAUGAUGAUGGUUCGACAUACCACUUCGUCUAUGUGAAGAUAAGGGUUUUAAUCUAGAUUUAACGGUUUAUGAAGAAAAUUAAUAAUUUUUGAUUCUAACAUUUAAAAUACUAAAACUUAUUUACGAUUGCGAAUCCAUGUCGCAUGAUAUAAAUGCUUUUUUUUCUAAAAUAUAAAAAAAUUACUACCAUCAUCAUUGCACAUCUAACUCCAAACUACUAACUAGUUUUUGAAAAUUAAAUAAUAAUAUUUGGUUUUUAUUUGA